AUGAGUGUAGCAAGGGAAGAGGAUCGGCAGAAGAAUGGUUGCCCUAGCCGCGGUCUGGGUGUCGCUGCGGCGGCCAUUGGCGUCGGUGUUGGAGCAGCUUUGUACUACUUUUUCAACAAACGGGCAGAACAGCCGAAUACAGAAGGAUCGACGAGCGAUUGGAACUGCCAGCGACCGCAGCCCUUUUACCUAACCCACUCUUCCGAUGACUCAUACACAACUAUAUCAGAACACGACACCACGGACACCAGCGUGAUGAAUGAUGAAACCCAAUUGAUCGAUGAUUCAUUUGAAGAUCCAACGGGCUUAGAGAUGAGCGUAUCCGAAUCAGAUGAUAUAGAAUCGGAAGAUGAUUUUUUAUCAUCAAAUUCAGAUAUUUCAGUCGAUUCUGACUCUGAUUAUGAUGAAUUUGAAGUCACCACAUCAUCGUUUGGCAUCCCUGAAGACGUUGAAAGAUCAAGAUCACCGAUGUCGUUGCUGAAUAACAUCAGUUUGUCGUGGGUUUCCAGGGUCAGCCCUAGAUGGCACAGGACUCAUUUGACAGAAGAAGAACAAAUGGCCAUGAUAAGAGAAGAACAGUUCCGCGAGCGUUCGUGGACUCUAGAAGACUGUUCUAUUUGUUUCGACGUGAUGUUACGCAACCAGGACGUGACCCGGCUACCCUGCGCUCACAACUUCCACACCGAGUGCAUCUUACCUUGGUUACAGGAGAAACAGACGUGCCCCAUGUGCAGGAAAAAUGCUGAAUGA